AUGCUCCCUGCUCAUCUUACGAAAGACAAGGCAGUCCUACACUGCCAAUUCCUCGAAAAUACCUUUGAGCUCGCUCAGCUAGACGACGGUGCCGUCAACGGGACUGCCCUUUGGCUUUCCGGCCAGGUUAUGUCCUACUACAUAGCUGACAACUUUCGGCCAAAACCUCGCUGCGAGAACAAGCUAUGCGAACUAGGAAGUGGCAUUGGGCUGACUGCACUCGCGGCUGCAUCACUAGGAUGGCAAGUGCUCGCAACCGACAUCGAACAAGUCGUAAACAACGUACUUCGCCCGAAUAUCCUUCAAAAUUCCACCAGUACGCGUCAAAAUAUACAGGUAUCCGAACUAGACUGGACUAUCCCGCCGGAAGACUGGUGUUGGGAAGAUGCGCGUGCGAUAGCUACUUCUGAAUUAUCAGCACGUACAUCAUGUCCACCAUCGAAAACGGCGUCGCUUGCGCCUCCUUUCGACUUGAUCUGCACGGGGGAUACAGUAUACUCGCCAGAGCUAGUAGCGCCGCUUCUGCGGACCCUACAUGCAAUCUGCAACGCGUCGAGAGUGCGCAAGCCGGUCGUGCUUCUAUGUCUCGAGCGUCGCGAUCCAGCUGUCGCAGAUAGGCUCCUUGGAGACGCGAAGGAUGUCUGGCAGUUCGUGAUCGAUAAGGUCCCGCAGCGCAAGCUAGUGAAGGCAUUGGAAAGGGGAGGUGUGCAUUGGGCAAAGGAUGACUGGGAUGGGAUCGAGCUGUAUAAACUGCGCUUAGACGUACAGUAA